AACCUGGCCCACUGGAAAAAGCCCGAAGAGUUCAGGCCCGAAAGGUUCUUUGAGGAGGAGUCCAAAGUUGAGGCCAAUGGAAAUGACUUCAGGUACUUACCGUUUGGUGUGGGCCGUAGGAGCUGCCCAGGAAUUAUACUCGCGCUCCCGAUUCUUGGGAUUACCAUUGGCCGCCUCGUGCAGAAUUUCGAGCUCCUUCCGCCACCUGGACUGUCGAAGAUCGACACGACUGAGAAGGGGGGGCAAUUUAGUCUGCAUAUAUUGAAACACUCGACGAUUGUUCUGAAGCCGAGGUCGAUUUGA